AUGCUCUUGCGCAAGAAACUCGACUACGAUCCGAAGGAGUUCCCCAACUACCGCAUCCUCUUCCCUGAGCCGGAAACCGGCUUUCAGCGCCUCUUGAAGCAGUGGUCCAUCAUUCCUGACUUCGCCGUCUACACUGCUAAUCUCCAAUUCAACAUCAUUGUGAUCCUUCUUCAGUACUUCUCCAUGCUUCUUCGCAACCCUCUCGGAUACUCUGAGUCCUUCAACUGGGUCGUCGGUCAGUAUCAGACAAGCCCUACCGUUAUGCAUAUUUCCUGGGGUGCUUUCAUCACUGUCUGGUUCUUCCACCUUUGCUAUGUCAUCGGACGUUUGGUCUGGGAACAGGUACUUGAUGCAUAUGAUGACCCUGUGUGGGCUCUCUACCAGACCUGGAAUUGGGGGCUGUACUCACAGUCUCUUGUAAUCCGAACUGUCUUUUUCAUCCUCACAGCCAUCUUCGAUCUGGCCUGCUUCGCUAUCGUCUUCCUCUUGAACCUGUCGACAUACUCCCUCAGCACUGUCAUCGUUUUACUUGUUGCGGUUGCUUUCUACCAACUACACUACUACAUUUUCGAGUAUACCCCUGAAGGGGCCCUGAUUGAAUCUCCUGGAGAGGAGGCCCUUCCUACACAUCUCACACCUGACAAACCUGGCCGCAACUCUCAUGUUUCUACGCCAUCUACCGGGUCUUCGACUUCAUCUUCUCGUAUAACACCAGACAGACCAGGACGCACUUUCAAAGUACCUACACCAUCAACUGGGUCCUCUUCCUCAUCUCCCGGUUCUUCUCCCGAAAUAUCCCGUUCUCAACGCCGACCUUCACCCAAGUCCAACAAACCCCCAGGCGCCUCAUACGUUCAAGUAUCCCCCAAAGCCAUCGCGAAGCUACACGCAGAAGGCUGUUACGUUCCGGAACCCACUAGAGUUGCGGACUACUCGUACCUGAAACCCAUCGACCCUAAGCGCCUCACUAACUUUCAUCGCAUCGACAUCAGGAUUCGCUCCCGAAGAAUCAAGGAUGCAGACGAAAAACAAAAAUACCUAUCCGAGAACCCGAAGAUGGAACAGGAAGACACUACCCGUUCGACCGUGCCCACAAAGACCCAGUGGAUUUACUCAUCUCUUGACUCUAUUGAGCGACAGCUCCUAUUCAUCACUCAAGAUGUCGCAAGCCUCAACGUGCAGGUCAACUCUUUCAGAAAAGCGAGCCACAUUCUCCCCAUGCCCCCUCACUCAUCGUCUCUGCCUGGCUCACCCCGAGGCCAAAAGCGCGUCGCUACUCUCGCCGAGAAGGACCGCAUCAAGGCCGCCAUGAAGGAAUACUCCCCUAACAUCGAAAACACCGCAACUAAUGUUCUCCAACAGCAGCCAGGUAUCCAAGAGAGACUGGUUCGUAUUGACCGCCUGCUUGAGCGCGCAGGAGAUUGUGUCACGCGCGCAAUGCGUAUUGAAGUACAAGAGUUUAAAGAACGACUUGAAGUCGUGUUCAAGGGUGCAAGACAGGCACUAAUCGGCUCCAGAAACAUCGAGGAAUUGUGCGAAGAUCGCAUGGAGAAGCUGGAAGCUGAAGCGACCAAGUUGCACCGCAUGGAUCGAACUCACAUCAAGGGGAUUCGAGUCAGUUUUGGAGAUGAGAUCUGCGUAUGA